CAGCCGCUCCUGUCGAAAUUAUUACUCAGCGUUUGGGAGCAAGAAGACACAACAUCUUCAUCUUCAUCCUCAACAGCAGCAGCAGCAGCAGGAACCAUGCCGAGACAAACCGCCCAGGAGUGGAUCCGGACUUCUCUGCGGACUCCGGGCAUCUUCAUCUUCGGGCUGGUCAUGGCUCCCUGCGGCUGGGUCCUGGACCUCACCGCCACCGUGGCUCCAAACUGGAGGACCCUGAACAGCCUCCCCGACAGCGCGCCCAAUGAGUUCCUCCAGCAGGGCAUCUGGGACAUCUGCAGGGCCACCACCACCUCCACCACGGUGGAGUGCGGUGUGCAGGACACCACCUACUUCGGCAACCAGAUCAUCGAGGUGGCCCGGGGGCUCAUGGUGGCCUCCCUCAUCGUGACGCUCAUCGGUCUGGCCGUGGCCAUCCCCGGGAUCCGCUGCUGGAGGGACCAGCCCAACUGGACGGUGGCGGGUCUGGGCGGGCUGCUCAUCUUCCUGUCGGGCGUCAUGACCAUCAUCCCCAUCGCCUGGUACACGCACAUCCUCACCGAGAUCACCUCCGACUUUAAUCUCACGGACGUGGAGGUAGGCUACUGCAUCGUGCUGGGCUACAUCGGCGGGAUCUUCGAGGUGCUGGGCGGCUUCGUCAUGUUCAUCGGGAUCUGCCGCUGCUGCGGAGGGAAGAACCGGGGCGAGAGGCCGGUGGAGGAGGUGGUGAGUCGGUUCAGGCAACCCAAGGCCGCGCCGAGACGCCUGGACGUGCCGAGCCUGAACCGGGCCAGGAGCAGCGCCAGCAGCGUCCCCUACUCCAAGGACUCCCUGGAUGAUGAUGUGUCCUUCCCCCGGGCCAAGAGCCCCGCAGCCCGGUCAGCCAACACCUCCGUGAACGGAAGACCUUACGAUGCAGACCUAUGAGGAGCUGGAGACACAGGAGAGGACAAUUUACUGAAGAGACUGUGAGUGGAAAACAUUGUAGAGCAGGGGUGUCAAACUUAUUCUAGUUCAGGUUCCACAUUCAGCAAAAUUUGAUCUGAAACAACCAGUAAAUUCACAGCAUAAUAACAUAUAAAUAGCCACAAUGGUUCCUUUGUUUUAGUGCAAAAAAUGUUCACAUUUAAGGAAUUAUCUUUUUACAAAACAUUAUGAACAACCUGAAAUUUACGAAGAAAAAUAAAUUCAGUUGCAACAGCAUUCAGCCUCAGUUUAUCAUUUCCACAUUACAACUUCCAGAUCACAGUUUAUCCACAAAAAGGCACAAAACUUUUAGUCACAGCUAUCUGGAACUGAUGAUAUAGGAUUUUACUUUAUGAUCAAAACGACAAAAAAAGACCAAAAAUAACAAAGACAAGACAAAAUAUUACACGAUUGAGACACAAAAUGACAAAAAAAAAAUGAAGCAAGCGACAUGAUUCUAAAGAAAAAUAGACAAAAAAACCCAGAAAUGAGACAAAAAUGAAACAAAACGACAAAAACUUGAGACAAACAUCAAAAGUCAGACAAAAACCAACAAAAACAAGACAAAAUAUUACAAAAAUGAGACACAAAAUGCCACAAAUGAGACAGACGCAAAACGAAACAGCAAAGUGACAAAAAAAGCUGACAAAAAAGUUACAAAGAAACAAAAAAUGGACAAAAAUGAGACAAAAAAAGCAACAAAAUGACAAAAGAACAAUGAGCGAUCUAGAAUUUUAUUGUCUUCUCUUUAAUGUCUUUUUACACUUUGAGGGCCGGAUUGGACCCUCUGGAGGGCCGCUUUUGGCCCUCGGGCCGCAUGUUUGACACCCCUGCCUUAAAUAUUAAAUGUAAACUCCGUCACAUCAUGAGGCCAUUCAUAUUUAAAGUCUUCUAUCUGUUCUAGAACAACGUGUUUGAUGGAGGGACAGGUCCGUGGCUGCAGGUUAAUGUGGCUCAUUAUGGCCUCAGCUUGAUUAUUAUUAAUUAUUCUGUCAUUGUGACACAUUACAGGCCUCCACUAGUGAUUUAAUGAUGAUUAUAAUGAGAAAAUGGAAGGAGUGUGUCAUGAAGGACUUUGGAGAAUGAAGAAAAACUGUUGUAAAAUGGAAGUUUUGCUCCACUAGAGUUGUAAAUAUCCCUUACCUUUAAGGAAGCCUUUAUUUUUCUGUACACAUCAGCUAAUGCAGACACGUCUUUUUUUAAAGCUCUAUAUUUAUGUGAAUACUGUGUUGUGAAGCACUUUACUGAUGGACACAAGGCAAGUCGAGACGAACCUCCAGAAGAAGCACCCUGAAGUGUUUAAUGUUGCUCUGUGAUUAAAUUUCCUAAUAACAUA